AGGGUCGACUGCUAUUCGAUGCCUGCGAUUAUCGCCGCCUGGAGUGUGCCUGCAUCCUUGCAGACUGUUGCGGAGAAACAGUCAUCAACCAGUUGUAUAACGAUAGGGGUUUAUGGAGGUGCACGCCACUACAUAGAGCAUGUAAGAAGGGUUACAUCGAUAUUGCCAAGCACCUUGUCAAGUGUAAAGCCAAGGUAGACAAGACUGAUGAUGCUGGUGACCUUCCUGUUCAUGGCGCUGCUGACACUGGACAUCUGGAAGUGGUCAAGUAUCUACUAGAUAUCCAGCCCGACAUGGUCUCCGUAGAGGGCAUGUACGGUUCCCUUCCUGUUCAUCGCGCUGCUUACAACGGACAUCUGGACGUGGUCAAGUAUGUAGUAGAUCUCCAACCCGACACGGUCUCCAUAAAGAACAAAAACGGUGACCUUCCUGUUCAUCACGCUGCUAUGGAGGGACGUCUGGAAGUCGUCAAGUAUCUACUAGAUCUCCAACCCUACACAGUCUCCGUGAAGGGAAGCAAUGGGAGAACUCCUCUUGGUCAUGCAGUGUACGGAAGGAAAGCAGGUUGUGUACCCUACUUGCUGGAAGUCACCUGGACCAAGCUAGCAUAUGAUGAGGCAAAGGAGAUUGUGGAGGAAGCCAGAAGGACAGCUCAAACCCGCGGAAAAACGCAAGCAUUGGGCUUGAUUAAGACCAGCUUGAUACGUGAAGAGUUUGGUGUUGAGGGUUACACUGAUCCUACUGAACUGAUUGCCAACGUGUGUGGAGCAGAAGGUUCAGGAAAAUCUACCUUCAUUUCAUCCUUCACAGCAGAAGGUUUCUUCAAUAAACUACUACGUCAGGAGAAUCAACUGGACCUGAAGGCAAAAGAUUUAGCAUCCCGAACAAAGGGAAUUGAAGAAACCAUUUACAACCAAUCGCAGGUGAAGGUGCAUUUUCGCGACUUUGCUGGUCAAGAACAUUAUACCGAGUCACAUGACAUAUUCACGGUUGCCAUGACAGCACCAUCUGUUGCCGCAAUAGUGGUGGACGGCACAGAGUGUGUUGAUGAGAUCACACAGACGGUCGGUGCAACUGCCGCCAAUAUUGUUUGUCGCCUGUCUGCACCUGAUCAUGGUUCUCUACCGACUGUGCAACAAGAACAGCAGGAGCAGCAGCACCACCACCACCAGGAAGAUCUGCAACAGGUGGAGAAACUUGAUGUCAUCGCAAUUGCCACACGAGCUGACCAGCUAACACCAGAAGAGUGCAUUGAAGUGGAGAAGGCCAUAAGGAGGGGAAUGAAAUCAUUCUCUCAGCGCUUGGAUCUCUCCAUUGUGAGAGUAGUGGAUGCUAGAAAGUCCAACAGUUACAGCAUGAAUGAUCUAAGAAGUGAAUUCAUGCACUUGAUCAAUCGAGUGUUGGCGAAGUCCCCAAAGCAACCGCGUUUGCUGCAGAAGGCUCGGAAGCAUUUGGAUGAGGUUCAGGCAUCGAUGCCCAAUCCAUACUGUUCAAGAUCCGAGUUCGUUGCGGCAUUCAAGAAGGCAAUCCAAGGAACCAAAGAGGCACUGCCGAAACGACUCACUGAGCAGAUCGACAGCUUUCUACGCGUCCUGACUGCUUACGGAUAUGUCAUCACAUUCCCAGAGCUGAAUGAUCUGGUGGUUCAUCAGCCUCGCUGGCUCCUGCAGGACGUGAUCGGGUUUAUGUACUCGUCCAACGUCUUCCCCCUCCGCCCUGAUGGCAUUGCCAGGGAAUACAAGAUGAGUGAAGAGGAGUUCGUCCGUUCACUGACUUCAUUCGCCAAAGUAGGAGAAAAAGCUCCGCUCUGCGUGCGUAUGGUUCUACAGCUCGGCUUGUCCAUCCGCUAUCAGAAGGAUAUCCUUGCUCUCUCCCUGUUUCCCGAGUGCACACAGCCAUUGAAGGUGCACACAGCCUUCAUGACCUCACAAGUGAUGGUAGGUUCUGUGUACACCUGCAAUGGCUGUGUGCCAUUCUCAUCUGGUCUCAUUGUUCAAUGCCAAGCUCGUGUAUACGACUACUCCGCCUGCUUUUUCGCCAGUACUGAUCCCAUGUUCUUCAAGAACACCAUCAUUGUCCACCCGUAUCCGCACACAACAGCGCUGAUUGUGUUUUCGUCCGACCGUCAGCGCUGUUGUAUUGCAGUGACGUCCAGUCGCGGUACGUACCUGCAAGUGGUUCACCACGUCCACUGGUUAUUUCAAGAUCUCUUCCUUGACCUACUGAAGAGAUACAGUCGUGGUACUUCGGUAGAGCCCACAGUACUCAGCCUGUGCAGCAUGCGUCAGCUUAUCCAGCAAUCGGCUUCACCAGCUGCCAUCUGUCCAGUGGUUGCUUCCUACCCGUCCGAAGCCGUCAUUCUUGCCGCAAGCAGUGUGCAAAGCAAAGAUGUCAAGGACGCUAGCGGUGUGUUCGUUGACUCGGUGCAGGAUCUUCAUCACGUUCCUGCCACGCAUGUCAGUAUGCUUCCUGCCACAUGUACCGAUCGCCUGGAGAGUCUGCGAGAUUCCGCAUUCCUGAGCGAUCUCCAAUCAAGCCUAGAUGUGAGUGAGAGGGAAAUCAGCCGACUUGGUGGCCCCCAAUCAGUGUCACCCGCUGGACCCAGUCGGCUGAAUGCCUCGCUGGUGUUGUUGGCAUGGUGCCGACAAUCUCAUCGUCACACAUCUACUGUGCUAUACAGCAGGUUAGCUCAGCACUGCUUUUCUUCGCCAUUCUCCAUUUUCUACCGAGAGAUCUGCAGGAUGCUGGUGGAGAAUGAGAACAUGCUGAUGGAAGCAUUCCCGGACAUCAUCACCUAUGAACAGCGGCAGUUGAAGGAGCAAGAACGUCUUCGUUGUCAGGCCGACAAUGUUCCAUUGGCGGAUGAAAGAUUCUCAACUGCACCCAAGACGUCAUUCCUGGGACAGAAUCCCUCCGUGGGAAUGCUACGAUCUCACCUCCAUGCAAUGCGUGUUACGGAUAAGCUGAUCGUGGACUCUGAUCACUACACUCUGGUCCAGGAGGCUGAGGUAGCAGCAGAAUUGCUCUCAUCAACAGUAGCACCAGCAGCACCAGCACCACCAGCAGCAGCACCAGCAGCAGCAGCAGCAGCAUCACUGACUGUAGCAGAAAGUAAAGCUGAUCCAUUUGAGGACGACUCAUUCACCGCACAUAUCCUACCAAAGUUGUACAAGAUAUCUUGUGAUGUACUGCGGCAAAGCGUUCAGGCACAAGGACUCCUGAUUGGUUUUAAUACCCUUCGGGAACUAAAGCGUGCUGAACAAUAUGAAGGUGUAGAGAGUCAUCACCUGAAGUUGAUUGGAUACAUCUGUGCUGGAGAGCGAGAUGCAUACAGAAAGCUGUGUGCAGCAGUGGGAAACCUCAACUUGCAAGAUCUGCACAACACCAUGCUACGGCUACUGUAGUAGGAACUCUAGUCAUGAUGUGAUUGUGCAAGACUGCUCUCUCCCAGCACUCCAUGUACAUCACUGUUCAGAUUGUGCAAGACUGCUCUCUCCCAGCACUCCAUGCACAUCACUGUUCAGAUUGUGCAAGACUGCUUUCUCCCAGCACUCCAUGUACAUCACUGUUCAGAUUGUGCAAGACUGCUUUCUCCCAGCACUCCAUGUACAUCACUGUUCAGAUUGUGCAAGACUGCUCUCUCCCAGCACUCCAUGUACAUCACUGUUCAGAUUGUGCAAGACUGCUUUCUCCCAGCACUCCAUGUACAUCACUGUUCAGAUUGUGCAAGACUGCUUUCUCCCAGCACUCCAUGUACAUCACUGUUCAGAUUGUGCAAGACUGCUUUCUCCCAGCACUCCAUGUACAUCACUGUUCAGAUUGUGCAAGACUGCUGUAUCCCAGCACUCCAUGUACAUCACAACAGUCAUACUCACACAGCGGAUAGAAUUCGUUGCCCGUAUCCCGGUAUGCUUGUUUGUGUCGUUCUUCCCCUGCCACUGCUCUGCCCUAUGCAACGUGUUCUUUUUCCUCAUCUACACAUGUAUCAUAUUGUAUUCUUGAGUUGCUUGCUCACCAGUUGUGGAUAUGCUCAAUGUGUAUUCUUUUGAAGGUGACCGUCCUUGAGAAUAUUUUCUCAAACAGCAGCUCCACCACCUCUGCGCCCCCCCCCCCCCCCCCCACUCCCCAUCUUCCCUCCUCUCUCUCUCAAUCCCACACGCGCACACGCGAGCAUGUGCGCACAUACAUAAUUUGUACUAUUGUUUGCUCUGCUUGCCAAGACUGCUGGUAUGUUUCCAUCGACUGUGUUUUUUGAAUAUUUUCUCAAACAGCAACUCCCCCACCUCUGCCCCCACCCUCCUCUCUUCCAAUCCCACACGCGAGCACGUGCGCGCAUACAUGUAUCUUGUUAUAUUGUUUGCUGUGCUUGCCAAGACUGCUGGUAUGUUUGCUAAUACAUGUACAUGCCUGUACAGGUAUACAUAACAUGUUACUACUCUUGAAAAUUCUAUUUGGCUUACUCUAGAGCACCUUUCUUUUGUUCUUAUUUUUUGCUGCUACAUCUGACAGUCAUCUGUACAUAAAUGUCCCUAGUCUUUAAAAAUCAUUAUGGCUUGCCCUAACGCACCUCUCUAUUUGCUGUGACAAUUGCACAGUAUUCUUUUCAUUUUUCACUUGACUUUGUUCACAUUUUUGCUUCCGCUGAGACUUCUGUUGACCCUGUAUUGAACUUGGCAGCUGAACUUUAUCUCCUUUCCUUGUUUUUUUUAAAUGCCUGAACAGAUCAUGACUUUUGUCACUUCUCCACUUUGCGUGCUUAUUUUGAGAAAUUAAUGUGAUGUAAAUCACACACAUGUAA